UUAACGCACGUGGAGGAACUCGUGGAUGUACUAACAUGAUUUUGGCCAACGCCUUCUGCAUCGUCCUCUUUGUAGAUGAGACCCUCCGCUCGCUGGCCGCUCCCCCGUCCCCCCCCGGGCAGGACCCGCAGGGCUGGCGGGUGCCGGUGGACUGCGUGCGUGCCAACGAGCUGUGCGCGGCCGAGGGCAGCUGCAGCUCCCGGUACCGCACCCUGCGGCAGUGCCUGGCGGGACGCGACCGUAACACCAUGCUGGCCAACAAGGAGUGCCAGGCGGCCCUGGAGGUGCUGCAGGAGAGCCCGCUGUACGACUGCCGCUGCAAGAGGGGCAUGAAAAAGGAGCUUCAGUGCCUUCAGAUCUACUGGAGUAUACACCUCGGGCUGGCCGAAGGAGAAGAAUUUUACGAAGCUUCCCCCUACGAGCCGGUCACCUCUCGUCUCUCUGAUAUAUUCAGGCUCGCUUCAAUUUUCUCAGGAAUGGACCCCGCCACCAAUUCCAAAAGCAACCACUGCCUCGACGCGGCCAAAGCGUGCAACCUGAACGACAACUGCAAGCGCCUGCGCUCGGGCUACAUCUCCACCUGCAGCAAGGAGGUCUCGGCCACCGAGCACUGCAGCCGACGGAAAUGCCACAAAGCCCUGCGCCAGUUCUUCGACCGCGUGCCCAGCGAGUACACCUACCGCCUCCUCUUCUGCUCCUGCAAGGACCAGGCGUGCGCCGAGCGCCGGAGGCAAACCAUCGUCCCCUCCUGCUCCUACGAGGACAAGGAGAAACCCAACUGCUUGGAUCUGCGCAACGUGUGCCGCGCUGACCACCUCUGCCGGUCCCGGCUGGCUGAUUUCCACGCCAAUUGCCAGGCCUCCUUCCAGUCGCUGACCAGCUGCCCCGGGGACAACUACCAGGCGUGCCUGGGCUCCUACACAGGGCUCAUUGGUUUUGACAUGACGCCCAACUAUGUGGACGCCAGCACCACCAGCAUCACCAUCUCGCCCUGGUGCUCCUGCAAAGGCAGCGGCAACCUGGAGGAGGACUGUGAGAAGUUCCUGCGGGACUUCACCGAGAACCCCUGUCUCC